AUGGAAAAGGUAGUGAUGGUGGGGGCGGGGAACAGCACAGCUGUCCAGGAGUUCACCCUGGAGGGCUUCCCUGCAGUCCAGCACCUGGGGAAGGUCCUCUUCCUGCUGCACCUGCUGGCCUACCUGGCCUCUGUCACAGGGAACUCGCUCAUCUUCACCAUCAUCUGGGCUGACCGCCGCCUCCACACCCCUAUGUACUUCUUCCUCAGCAUUUUCUCCUUCGGUGAAUGUGGUUUCAUCUCCACGGUUAUCCCAAAACUCCUGACCAUCUUUCUGUCUGGAAGACAAACAAUUUCCUUUGCUGCCUGCUUCACACAAGCAUUUGCUUUCCUUUUUCUGGGUGCAACUAUUUUUUUUCUGAUGGCUGUGAUGUCCCUGGAUCGCUACCUGGCCAUCUGCAAACCUCUGCACUACCCCACCAUCAUGAGCCCAAGGACGUGUAUCCUGCUGGUCACUGCCUGUUUCUCUUUGGGAUUUCUGCUUAUGGUUAUUCCAGUGAUAAAGCUGUCCCAGCUGUCCUUCUGUGGCCCCAGUGUCAUCCCUCACUUCUUCUGUGACUUUGGACCCUUGGCAAAGCUCUCCUGUUAUAAAACCAGAGCUACUGAAAUGUUGUUCUUUAUCUUUGCUUUCUUUAUCCUGUUUGCUUCCCUCUUUGUAACUGUCAUAGCUUACAGCAACAUAGUGGUCACGAUUGUACACCUGCCAUCAGCCAAGGAGCGGAAGAAAGCCUUCUCCACCUGCUCCUCUCACCUCGCUGUUCUCUGUCUGAUGUACAGUAGCUGUGUAUUUAUCUACCUGAGGCCAAAGCAAAUGAUCAGUCUGGACUCCAACAGAGAGGCUGCUCUGGUGAACACAGUGGUGACCCCGCUGCUGAACCCUGUCAUCUACACCCUGCGCAACAAGCAGGUGCACCAGGCACUGAGGGACGCUCUGUCCAGGGUGAAAUUGCAGAAAUAA